GCAGCCUCUCAUCACCAAUUCCCAAGUCAGAACGAGGAAGCUCCGAAGUCCGUCCAUCUACUUUUCUACCAUCUCAAUUCACCCACCACAACAAUGCGAGGACCACGCGCGACCGUCGAGCGGCUCGACCAGCCGAGCGCAUAUUUCAACAGCAGAAAUAAACGCAGGCGAUUCGACAAGGAGCAGCGCGAUGGGGACGACGAUACGAACAUGCAGAACGACCAACCCGAGGAGGACCCGCUGAAGGAUGCGACCACUCUCUAUGUCGGUAACCUGUCAUUCUACACUACUGAAGAGCAAGUGUACGAGCUCUUCUCCAAAUGCGGCGAGAUCAAGCGCUUGGUCAUGGGACUCGACCGGUUCAACAAGACACCCUGCGGCUUUUGCUUCGUUGAGUACUACACCCACCAGGACGCGCUCGACUGCAUGAAGUACAUUGGCGGGACGAAACUGGACGAGCGUAUUAUCCGGACAGAUUUGGACCCCGGAUUCACCGAGGGGCGGCAGUACGGCCGUGGAAAGUCAGGAGGGCAGGUGCGCGAUGAGUACCGGGAGGACUUUGAUGAGGGUCGUGGCGGUCUUGGGCGGGCGAUUCAACCGCCGCGGUCUAGAGACCGUGAGACGAGGGACUUCGAUGAUGAUCCGUAUGGGCGGCUAAAAUAAGCUCGGUCGCCAGCAGGGCGGCGGGAUAUUCUGAUGGGAACGAUGGCAAUACCCCUGGAAAUCAUAAUGGCGUU